UUUCUUCACAGCUGCGUCGACUUAUUGUUACUUUGUUGUUGUCCCUUCGGUCCGCCACAGUAAGGGUCAAACAACCGUCUUGGUUGCCCUUUUUCAUUUCUUUUCCGCCAUAAAGCAUUUGUCUCAGCAUUGCCACUUUUUGUUUUUGCAAAGCAUUGUGUCUUUGUAUAAAUAGCAAAUAUGCUCACACCACGCAUUUUCCGACCGGUGUCUUCGCUGGUCCGGCCCUUCAGUUCCUCUGCCACUGCCUACCGCGCUCCCUCUAUUCGUGACAUCACCCCCACCUCAGCCGAGGAAUUUACUGCGCGUCAAAAGGAGUUCCGCGAGAAUUUGGAGGUGGCUCGCAAGAAGAAAGAACAGCAAGAGAGUCAGUCUGUCGAUGCCUCUGCUUCUACCUCAUCAUCCCCUGUCUCCCGUGAUCGCUUCCGUGAGUACGCUACCGCUCCCACUGCUCCGGGUGCGAGCAAUGCGAGCAGUAACUAUAGCCCUGCUGUCUUUGAUGCCGCCCAGGUACUUGAUAAUAAGGCAUUGGGCUCACUAUCUACCCACCGUAUUUUAGGAGAGGAACAACAGCUGGAUCAAUCCCCCAAGCGCGGUCCCUUAUCUUCGCUUAUCUACGGAACGAAGGAAGGCCAACAGCUCGAUAAAGAUAUAGAACGCUCGUUCUCGCAAGUCCUCGCUCGUGGUAAAUACGUUCAUUCGAUCGUCUUCCAUGAAGUCAAGCCCGACAGAGUAGAUGAAUAUGUCGACUUGGUAGGGCAGUGGUACCCUCGCAUGGCCGCCACGGAGGAAAACAGAGUAAAUCUGGUCGGAAGUUGGAGGACACAAGUAGGAGAUAACGACACCUUUGUUCAUAUCUGGGAAUAUCAGCGAUAUGAGGGCUAUCAUGCAUCCCUCCAUAAUAUCUCCUGCCAUCCGGAGUUCCCCGAGUUUGACCGCAAGCUGAAAAGCUUGAUCAAGAGCAAGAAGACGUCGCUGAUGCAGGAAUUCUCCUUCUGGCCAACGACCCCACCACGACGACUGGGCGGUCUUUUCGAACUCCGAUCCUACACCCUUCAUCCCGGUAACCUCCUGGAGUGGGAGUCGCACUGGAGACGGGGCCUCAGGGCUCGCCGUGAGGUCAUGGAGGGAGUCGGUGCCUGGUUUGUCCAGAUUGGCGACCUCAACACUGUGCACCAUUUAUGGCAAUUUGCGAACUUGGAAGAACGCAAGGUUCGCCGGGAGCAGUCGUGGGGUAUCGAAGGAUGGGCAGAGACGGUGCACAAGACCGUCCCUCUCAUUCAAAGCAUGCAGAGCCGGAUCCUAAUUCCUAUGCCCUGGAGCCCUGUUGGUUGAGUGCAUCGUACCCCGUAGCCUAGUCGAUUUGCGAUCACCGGCAAGGUCCUUGAUGAGCGCCCAGCACACAGCAAAUACCCUGCUGAAGGAAACCAAGCAUCAGGGUUGUGAAUGGACCGAGGUCAUGGGGCGUGAGUACAUGGGAUGGUUUGGAGAGCAGGGUCUGCC